AUGUGUCAUGUUACGUCCUCUUCUAACCCAACCUCAGAAUCAGAAUAUGAUGCAUCAAAUUCCCAUAACAUUGGUCAGAUGCUUGAGAACUUUAUUCAUCAAGUUAUUGUUCCUAGAGAAUCUGUCCUAAAGGAAUUUUCAAGUCAGCUAGUUGUAACUUCCACUCAAGAAAUCAUGGCUUCUAAGCAAGAAGAGAUGGAUGUUCAGAUGAAAAUUGUGCCCGCUAGGAAAGAUGAAAUGGGUUUUGAUCUCAAAGUUAUCCUGGAGAUUCGGAAGCAUAAACCAUAG